CGUCCCGGGAGCCGGCGAGGCCAGGCUGGGGCUGCCCGACGCGGGAGCACCGCGGGGAGUAUCGGCUGGAGUAGAGCGGGGGCGGCGGCCCAGCGCCCCGAAGUUUGCCGCGCCCGCCCGGGCGGCCGAGGUUUGUUUCCUUGAAAAGGCUCCAGGCUUCGGCUUGGAAAAUCCAACCGCCAAAAUUGAGCCCAGCAGCUGGAGCGGCAGCGAGAGCCCUGCCGAAAACAUGGAAAGGCUGAGUGACUCGGCCGAUAAGCCAAUUGACAACGACGCCGAGGGGGUCUGGAGUCCCGACAUCGAGCAGAGUUUCCAGGAGGCCCUGGCUAUCUAUCCGCCCUGUGGGAGGAGGAAAAUCAUCUUAUCAGAUGAAGGCAAAAUGUAUGGUAGAAAUGAAUUGAUAGCCAGAUACAUCAAGCUCAGGACGGGGAAGACGAGGACCAGGAAACAGGUGUCUAGUCAUAUACAGGUCUUAGCAAGAAAGAAAGUUCGAGAAAUUCAAGCCGCCAUUAAGGUGUCUAGUCACAUUCAGGUUCUUGCCAGAAGGAAAUCUCGUGAUUUUCAUUCCAAGCUAAAGGUAACAAGCAUGGAUCAGACUGCCAAGGACAAGGCCCUGCAGCACAUGGCUGCCAUGUCAUCGGCACAGAUCGUCUCAGCUACUGCCAUCCACAACAAGCUGGGGCUGCCUGGGAUUCCACGCCCCACCUUCCCAGGGACACCGGGGUUCUGGCCUGGAAUGAUUCAGACAGGACAGCCGGGAUCCUCACAAGACGUCAAGCCCUUUGUGCAACAGGCCUACCCCAUCCAGCCAGCAGUCACGGCCCCCAUUCCCGGGUUUGAGCCUGCAUCAGCCCCAGCUCCCUCGGUCCCCGCCUGGCAGGGCCGCUCCAUUGGCACAACCAAGCUUCGCCUGGUGGAAUUUUCGGCUUUCCUCGAACAGCAGAGAGACCCAGACUCAUACAACAAACACCUCUUCGUGCACAUCGGGCAUGCCAACCAUUCUUACAGUGACCCGUUGCUCGAAUCCGUGGACAUCCGUCAGAUAUAUGACAAAUUUCCCGAAAAGAAAGGUGGCCUGAAGGAGCUGUUUGGGAAGGGUCCUCAAAACGCCUUCUUCCUCGUAAAAUUCUGGGCGGACUUAAACUGCAAUAUCCAAGACGACGCCGGGGCCUUUUAUGGGGUGAGCAGUCAGUACGAGAGCUCUGAAAACAUGACCGUCACCUGCUCCACCAAAGUGUGCUCCUUUGGGAAACAAGUAGUAGAAAAAGUAGAGACGGAGUAUGCAAGGUUCGAGAACGGCCGAUUUGUGUACCGAAUAAACCGCUCGCCAAUGUGUGAAUACAUGAUCAACUUCAUUCACAAGCUCAAACACCUACCAGAGAAAUACAUGAUGAACAGUGUUUUGGAAAACUUCACCAUUUUAUUGGUGGUAACAAACAGGGACACACAAGAAACUCUCCUCUGCAUGGCCUGUGUAUUUGAAGUGUCAAAUAGUGAACACGGAGCACAGCAUCAUAUCUACAGGCUUGUAAAGGACUGAACCUGGUUAUUUAUAUAUAUAUUGAUAUCUGUAUAUACACACACGUAUGUGCACACACACACUCUCCAUUAUCAGACGACUGACUGUAAACCUCACCACACAGGGUGCUGCCCUGGCCCUCCAGGCGUCACACCCUGACUUUUCUAAAUCCUGUUUGAGUGAACUUAUUAUUAUUUUUUUCCAUGUGUUCAUGCUAUCAUUGUAGCUGUGAAGUUGUGAUGCAGUUUUUUUGUGUAUUCCUCAGAUCUGCAACCCACAAUUCCUUGGGGAAGGUGAAUCUUACAGCCUAAGCCUCUCUCUCUGCAGACCUGUUUCCUAUUGUGGUAGAAAGUACUGAGACAGAGGAUUGGCCAUGGGGCAUUGACUGCCUUUAUACUAAUGUAUUUAGUUUUGU